GCAGGACCACUCCUUUCACGGCGCACUGUAAGUCUGGUGACGAUCACUCAACUCCGUAGCCGGACAGGGGUGUGUGCUGCCUGGUGUGAAUGCGAGGAUGGCGACGCUUGUGGAGUCCGCAGAUAUUGAGACUUUAAGCAGCUCUAGCAACGUUAUGGCAUCCCCGAUGUCCGCGAGUCUCUCGCACCGUUUUGUUGACAACAAAUUUUACCUGCUUGUGGUUAUUGGGGAAAUGGUCACGGAGGAUCACUUGAAGUGUGCCAUUGCCGAUAUAGAAAAAGGGAUUCGCUCAUGGGACACCAACCUCAUCGACUGUAACCUAGACCAGGAACUCAAGCUCUUUGUCUCCAGACAUUCAGCCCGUUUCUCUGCAGACGUACGAGGGCAGAGAAUUCUUCACCACAAAAGCAGCGUUCUCGAGACAGUAGUGCUUAUCAACCCUUCAGAUGCAGCUGUCAGCACUGAGGUUUGUCAAAUGAUCUCAGACACAGCCAGACACAAGCUGCUGGUGCUUUCGGGACAAUGCUUUGAAAACACAGGAGAGCUGAUUCUGCAGUCCGGCUCAUUCUCUUUCUUCAACUUCAUAGAUAUAUUCACAGACCCCGAGAUUGGUGAAUUGCUCAUCACUAUUCACCCAGCAAACAAAGCAAGCCUAACCCUCUACUGCCCUGAGCAAGGCGACUGGAAAAAUUCAAACCUGGACAAACACAACCUACAAGAUUUCAUCAACAUGAAGCUCAACUCACCCUUGAUACUCCCAGAGAUGGAAGGUCUCUCAGAGUUCACAGAAUACCUGUCGGAGUCAGUAGAAAUCCCAUCGCCUUUUGACAUGUUGGAGCCACCAACCUCUGGUGGUUUCCUGAAGCUCUCAAAACCAUGCUGCUACAUUUUCCCUGGCGGCCGCGGCGACUCGGCCCUCUUUGCGGUGAACGGGUUCAACAUGCUUAUCAACGGGGGCUCCGACCGUAAGUCCUGCUUCUGGAAGCUGGUGAGACACCUAGACCGGGUAGACUCCAUCCUCCUGACCCACAUCGGGGAUGACAACCUGCCUGGCAUCAACAGCAUGCUCCAGAGGAAGAUGGCUGAGCUGGAGGAAGAGCAGUCCCAUGGAUCCCAAGGUACCGGCGACUGGGUGAAGAACCUCAUAUCCCCAGACAUUGGGGUUGUGUUCUUGAACAUCCCUGAGAAUCUAGAGAAGCCUGCUGAAACCAACUUCAGGGUGAGGAGAAACAUUGAAGAGGUGGCACAAACUCUCCAUUACCUGAGCAAGCUGAAUCUGAGGCCCGAGCCUCUGCAGAGGCCGGUCGGGAACACAAUCGAACCCAUCAUUCUGUUUCAGAAGAUGGGCGUGGGGAAGCUUGAGAUGUAUGUGCUUAAUCCAUCAAAGACCAGCAAGGACCUGCAGCACUUUAUGAAGCAGUGGACAGGUAGUGAGAAAGACAAAGCCUCUGUUCUUCUGCCCAAUGGAAAAGAAGCAGAGCUCCCAAUCUCUUACAUGACCUCAAUAUCUUCAUUGAUCGUGUGGCACCCAUCAAACCCUUCAGAGAAGAUAGUGCGAGUUCUUUUCCCUGGAAAUGCAACUCAGUAUCACAUUCUUGAAGGUUUGGAAAAACUAAAACACUUGGACUUUUUGAAGCAACCAGUUGUCACUCAGAAAGAGCUAUCUUCUAACUUGGCUCCAGCCUUGAAGCAGGCAAAGUUGAAACAUAAAACUGACAGCAAGGAGAGUCUGAAGUCAGUCUCAAGGCCAUCACCAAGCAAAAGUUUCAAAAAGGAGUCAAAGGAGGAAGCUCCAGAGAAGGCAAAGACAGACGCAGAAUCAGCUCGAGAAAAGACCGCAAAAUUUGAGAAAAAAGAUAAACCUUUGGUGAAAAAGGAAAAAGUGAAGGCACCGGAAAAAGAAGUGAAGGCUAAAGCAGAGCCGGCACCUGAAACUCCAGAAAAGAAGAAGCCUGAAAUUAAAACAAAAGCUCUUAAGGAAAAGAUUAUCAAGAAAGAACCCAGGAAGUCUGUAGAAAAGAAGAAUGAUGAAAAGGAGGUAAAGAAAGAAGUAGCAAAGGAAGAUGAGAAGCUAACAUCUAAAAAGGAGGAAACACCCAAAAAGGAACAGAAGCAAGAAACACCCAAAAAGGAACAGAAGGUAAACAAAGAAGAGGUAAAGAAAGACAUUUUAAAGAAAGACAAAGAUUUCAGGAGAGAUUCCCCAAUGAAGAUAAGGAAGGAAGAGAAAAAGGAGCAAAAGAAAGAAGAUCUAAAGAAAGACAUAAAGAAGCCAUCCAAGGAUGUAAAAAAUGCUUCAUCUGCAUUAGGUGAAGGGAAAAAACUUGCACCAAAACCAAAACCUCUGAAAAAAGAUGACACUACAAAGAAAGACUUUGGAAGCCCUUUUAAGUCCAAGGGAAAGCCAAAAGUCACCAAGAAGGACACCAAAGCCACAGAUGCUAAAUCUGCUGCUGCAGGAGCUGCAGCUAUCACAGCAGGAGUGGUAGCCGCCACUUGUGCUGCGGAGGUCCUUGAGACAGAAAGAGCCAUGAUGUCUUCUCCAGAGGACCUCACCAAGGACUUUGAGGAGCUCAAAGAAGAGGAGAUCGUUCAGGAGGAAGAGCCGGUGGUGGUCCACAGAGAGGCCCUCCUGCACUCUAAGGAGUCUCCUGAAGCAGAAGAGUCUCUGGAUGAGGGGAUCACAACCACUGAGCAUGAAGGAGAAAGCAGGGAGACCCCAGAGGAACAGGAGCAUAAAGGCAAGUUGAGUGGCAGCAGCAGUGAGAAGUUUGAAGAUGAGGGAACUGGGCUAGAUUAUGAAAAGAAGGGAGAGACAGAAGAGGUCCAUGAGCCAAUGAGAAGGGAAAUGGAGAAGCAUAUACAUGCUGUGGAUAGUGAAGACAAGGACUCUGAGGACGAGGGUGCGGAUGCAGACCAAUAUGUAAGAGAUCAUAACAGAAAUGAAACAGAAGUACAGAAGCUGGGGCUGUCUGUGAUACACCCUCACAUAACAUCUGAGCCUCUGUCUCCGGCUGCAUCUAUUCAUGAUGAGACCCUUCCAGCUGGCUCCGACGACGAAGUAGCCUCAGAUGAUGAGAACCGAGACGAGGCAUACACUGCUACAUCUGGCCACACCCAGUCAACUAUUGAGAUCUCCAGUGUGCCUACUCCAAUGGAUGAAAUGUCCACUCCAAGGGACAUUAUGAGUGACGAAACCACUAACGAUGAGACAGAGGAUUCUCCCUCUCAGGACCUUGCCAGGUUUGGAGGAACCACAUUAGGAGACUUUGAGAGGAAGAGGCUGUCUCCGCUACAAGACGGCCCAGAGUCAGACCAUUCAAAGAGUAAUGCCACUGAAGGCAGGGACUACCACGCUUCUGCGUCCACAAUAUCUCCACCAUCGUCACUGGAAGAGGAUAAAGAGGAAGGAUUCAAGUCAGACAAAUUUGGUCUUGAUUCAGCAAGACUCAGCUCUGCACUCUCCACUACUUCUCCUCUCAUACGCUCCCCUUCAGCUCCCAAAGGAACCUUUGACUCAUACCCCUCUGGAUUCGCUGUACCAAUUGAACUGUGCACAACGCUUUCAGGAUCAUCAAAGGCAGCAGCAGGGUCUUCCACCAGCCCAGAUGACAAGACAUUGGAAGGAACCACCUCACCUCAUUCCUCCGGUCACACACCUUACUUUCAGUCUCCUGUGGAUGAGAAGUCUGGCUCUAUACCACCUGCAAAUGACCAUGGUCCUGUAAUCGUGGAGGUUACGGGUGACAAAGAGGAUUCCAUCAGGGUCAGCCCCGUGGAUGACCCAAUUCCAGACCACACCUCAUCUGUAGAGAAGGUGCUCUCCCCAAUGAAGAGCCCACCACCAGUAAGAGGAAAGACACACUUUGAUUUAGAUCAAAUGUUAACAAUACACUUGAGUCAAGAUGAGAGGAAAAAUGGAGCUAGCGACAGUAACUCAGUCUCAUCCACAAACCCCUUCACAGGUUUCAAAGAGGAGAGUAAAAUGUCGAUCUCAGAGGGAACCACAUCUGAUAAAUCGGGCAGCCCUGUUGAUGAGGCUGUAGCAGAGGACACGUUUUCACACAUCGCCUCGGCUUCCACCACCUCACUGGCCACCAGCUCAUUCCCAGAGCCUACAACAGAUGACGUUUCCCCUGCUCUCCACGCUGAAGCCGGCUCCCCUCAAUCAACAGAGGUGGAGGACUCCUUGUCUGUCUCUGUGGUUCAGACUCCAACCCCAUUCCAGGAGGCAGAGAUCUCUCCCAAGGGGGACAGCCCCAGGCCCAUGUCAAUCUCUCCAGACAUCUCACCAAAGACGGCCAAAUCAAAGACACCAGUACAGGAGCCCAAAUCCCCGGAACAUUCGACCAUGUCAUUUGGUCAGGAGUCCCCUGACCACUCAUUAGCCCUGGACUUCAACAAACAGUCUCCAGAGCACACUUGUGCAGGCAGCUUGCGCGCCACGGAGAAUGGGCCGACAGAGGUGGACUACAGCCCGUCAGAGGACAAUGAUUUGAGACCCGCUGAGCAGCGCCCACCCACUAUGGACAAGCCUAUGCUCUUCAAAGACAAUGACUCAAGUCACGCCACCUCUGUGUCCCCUUCAGAUGCUUCCCAAUCCACCCCCUCGACCACUACACCUUGUCAGAUGAGGGAAAUAUCACCUGUCUUAGCUCAGCAGAUGGACAAAUCCCCUGCCAUCCCCUCUUCAUCCUCCUAUUCUUGCUUCACACAGAAAACAGAGAUGUCUCUGGGAGCAGAAACUAAUCCCUUCAAAUGUGGAGAUUCCAAAUCCCCUGUCAGUCCCAAGGUUCCCUCCCCAUCCUACCUUCCACUCUCCUCAAACCUCUCUGACUAUCAGAAGUCUGCAGGUAGCUCCAAGGACCCAGACUCCUCCAAGAAGAGCCCUUCUUCUGGUUCCAGAACAGAUGUUGACCUAUGCUUGGUGACUUCCUGUGAGUACCGACACCCUAAGACAGAGCUGUCCCCCUCCUUCAUAAACCCCAGUCCCCUGGAGUACUUCAUGAAUGAGGAGAACCCUCUGGAGGAAGAGAAGCCCCUGGCUAAGUCAGAUGGAGGACCUCCACCCCCCAGCAGUAAAUUACACGCUAAGCAAUGUGAAGAGACUCCACCAACCUCCAUCAGUGAAUCUGCCCCUUCCCAGACAGAUUCGGAUGUUCCCCCUGGGACUGAGGAGUGCCCUUCAAUUACCGCAGAUGCAAACAUAGACUCUGAGGAUGAUUCUGAGACACUUCCCACUGACAGAACCCUAACGUACAGACACGCAGAUCCUCCUCCCGUGCCCCCCAGGGACUCUGCUCCGUCUCCAGCCCACCCAGAUGUUACCAUGGUAGAUCCGGAGGCCGACAUGCCCCCCGCUGACGACAACAACCGGACCAAGGACAAGGACUCAAAGGGAGAGGGAGCUGAGAAAGCUAAGAAGAAGAAGCUCACCAAGACCAAGUCCUCCUCUCCGGCCAGAAAGACUGGGCUCUCAAAAGUAAAGGAUUCAAAAGUAAUAGCCUCUCCCAAAAAGAGUGCAGGAGAAGGGAAAGAUGCCAAAAAUGCAACCAAUACCUCUGCGUCAAGGGGUGUGAAAAGUGCCACAUCAGGUUCAGGUAGUGGAAAGGCAGCAGCGGCAAUGCCCGUACCUAACUGCCCUCCCACAUACAUGGACCUGGUUUACAUCCCAAACCACUGCAGCGCCAAGAAUGUGGAUGCAGAGUUCUUCAAAUGGGUCAGGUCCUCCUACUAUGUAGUCAGUGGCAAUGACCAGACAGCCCAGGAGCCCAGCAAAGCUGUCCUGGACUCACUGCUGGAGGGCAAAGCCAUGUGGGGAAACAACAUGCAGGUGACCCUGAUCCCGACUCAUGACUCAGAGGUGAUGAGGGAGUGGUACCAGGAGACUCAUGAGAAGCAGCAGGACCUGAACAUCAUGGUGCUGGCCUCCAGCUCCACUGUUGUCAUGCAGGACGAGUCCUUCCCCGCCUGCAAGAUAGAGCUGUGAACUUGAUCCUGGGCCUCGUUCCGUUCCAAAUUAUGCUUCUCUUCUUCCCUUCAUUUCUCCUUUCACUGGAGUGUGCACUCUAUUGACAUUCCAAGAUGCACUUUCAGAGUGAGGGGACUGAUGGAGGGAAGGGGCUGUAAUAAUUUAGAUUGGAACAACCCUCUGGACUCUAAUGAUCAAAGGAUCUAGUAACCAAGAGAUCUAGUGAUCAAGUGGAUCAUGUUGUUAGUGGUAUCUUUGAGUUGGGGUGAAGGAUGACGUAGACAUAGAGUAAAAUUAUGUAAACACGUAAUUUAAACAAAUGCUCUUUGCCAACAUUAAUGAAAAAUACAUAGCUUGCAUUACAAUUAUGUUUGAGUUUGAAAUGACAACCGCAAAUGUAAUUGUCCACAAUACUCAAACAAACUAUCUCACACAAGUUAACAUCAGCUUUGUGGAUCACUUUGAAUAAGGAAUGAUGUUAUAAUAAUAUCCGGUAUGCAUGAAAUAUAUGACCUAAACCAGUAUGGAGAACAUGAAAAGAAGGUCCCAUCGUAUAUAUUGGUGCUCUUGACGUAAAUGUAUUUAUUCAGAAAACUCUCUUUCCCAUGAGCACCAAUUAUAUAUGUAUCAAGUAACAUAUAGAUAGAAAUAUCCACGAGAAUAUACUUGUUCAUACUGGGGAGAAAAUAGGUCUGACAAUAAUAAAAAUAGAUAUAAUGAAAUUCAUUUAUCCUUAAGGUUGGGACUACAAAUUUAAAAGUUAAAGAUUCUUCUGGUACAUGCUGACAACUUACAGUGAGGGAAAAAAGUAUUUGAUCCCCUGCUGAUUUUGUACGUUUGCCCACUGACAAAGAAAUGAUCAGUCUAUAAUUUUAAUGGUAG